UAAUGAAAGCGAGGCAGUGUAAACACAACUCCAGGAACAUGAAAAGAUCGGGUGACAGUGAGGGGGAGAAGAGAAGAAAGAGGCGGAGGCUAUUGCAGGAGUUGGGAGACCAGAAGAUCCCCUUUCUGGCACCCUCAGAUCGAGGUUUUCAGCAGCUGUGGGACACCAGUUACUCUGGUCUCGUGCUAAGGAAAUCAUGCUCACUGCCUGCUGAGCUCCAUAGCCGGGUGCAGGCAGCUCUGCUCACCCUCAGAAGGAAGGGAUGCCUCCUGAAGGAUCUGGUUCGUGUUCGUGACCGAGAUGUGUUCACCGCUGUGUCACGUGCCCUGCUGGGCGAACCGGGCCAUACAUAUCGCUAUCUGGACACACGGCUCUUUGCCAUCCCCUGGCACAGUGAGGACAUAGAUGUCAAAGGACAAAACUGUUGUGACCCAGAUCUGAGAGCUGCCUGCAAGGCAUUGUGGGAACUUAACACCUUUUUCUGCACUGAUGUGUCUCAGCUGAAAGAAGGAGACAGGCUAACACAAUGGGCGAAGGGAGAGGCAGAAGCCAAACAAGGUGAAGAGGGGGACACAGAGUCUAAACACAGUGAAGACUCUAAAAAUAGUGAAGGAGGGGACUCAGAGUCCAGGCAGAGUGAGGAGGGGGACACAGAAUCCAAGCACAGCGAAGAGUGGGACAUUGAGUCAAAACACAGUGAGGAAGGCUGCUCUGGGUCUAAACAGGAAGGGGAGUGGGAGACUGAGUUCAAACACAGCGCCGAGGAGGGAGAGUCUUCCCAAGUAAAGCCAGGUGAAACCAGUUUUGCAGCAGCUUCAGAGCAUGCUGAAGGAAAAUGUCCUGACUGGGGAGUGAAGGCCAGUGGUGGCACAGAGACUGAACCUGUGGGACUGAAGGCCCAGGAGAAACCUGUGGCCGAACUAAAGCACAGCCUAUCAGAUUACCACAUUCAGGACAGAGAGGAGCACGAGAGUGGCCAGGGCUGUUCUCAACCUAGUCCUCCACAGGUAUGCAGCGGUCCAGUCAAGUUCAAUGUCACCUUACUCAAUUACAUGGACCCAGCCGCAAUGAGCCAACUCAAAGAGGAGCCGUACUAUGGCAUGGGGAAAAUGGCAGUAGGGUGGCACCACGAUGAGAACCUGAUCACUCAUUCGCCAGUGGCUGUUUACAGCUAUAGCUGUCAUGAUGACAAAGGUGAGAGCAGUGAGGGAAGCAGCAGUGAUAAGGCCUGCUGGAGGAUUGGGCUCAAGGUAGCCUGGGACAUCCACACACCUGGCCUGAUGCUGCCGCUGGAGUCUGGAGACUGCUAUUACAUGAGAGAUGACCUGAACAGUACCCACCAGCACUGUGUCCUAGCUGGAGACACUGCACGCUUCAGCUCCACACACAGAGUGGCUGAGUGUUCCAGUGGAACCCUGACCUACAUCCAGUCACGUUGCCAGGAGGCCCUGUCCAACCUGCACACUGACCCCGACACAGGAUCCCAUAGGCUUGUGGCUCUGCUGCCGGCAACACUACAGGACUGUGAGGAGAUUCACAAUGAGGUGGAGUUUGAGUGGCUGCGGCAGUACUGGUUUCAGGGCCAGCGUUAUGCUCGGUUCUGCAGCUGGUGGACCAGACCGAUGGAGCAGCUGGAGAAGGACUGGAAGCUCAUGGAGACCAUGACUAUGCUUUUCCUGGCUGCAGUGGAGGAGGAAGACCAAGCAGAAGAAGGAAGGAGGGAGAUGGCAGAGAUCCUGCUGUCUGCUUUGACAGACAGACACCAGCAAAGGCAGACAUGGAGAGACAGGUGCCACUCAAGUCUGGCCCAGACAUUGCCCCCCGAGGAGGCCCCAGUGGACCGGCCCUUCUGGGGUGUGGAUGACCCCAGCAUGCCUCUGCCCUUUGAUCUGGCUGACAUCAUUAACAGAGUGGAGUCACUGCUCUGGAGGAUGUAAAGAUGGAUAGAGGAAACAAGGAAGCAAGAAAAAAAAUGACCCACCAGCUUUUCUGAAUGAUCCCCACAUUAGCUGAGGGGACAGACCAGAUUGAUUUCCUUUUGAUUAGGCCAUCUACAUCACCCCCGACUCCACCCUCCACUACCCCAGCUGACCCCAGCAUCUCAGUCACCUCAACUUGGAUUGGCUGGAAGGAAACCAACACAAGAAUAGUGCUUCAGUAACAUGCUAACAAACGCAAUGCUUAGUACCAAGCCACUAGUGUCACAACGGUCUAACAAAACAUAUAUGGAACCCGCAUUUCAGUGUUAACAUACAACAUUGUGUUACUAUUUAUUAUUUCAGUGUACUUUGUUACCUAAUCUCAUGUAACCCAGACAUGCUUUUAUCAGUGGAUUGUUCUCAUUCUCAGUAGUCAUAGUACAGUACAUACAUAUAUGCUUUCUACUUGUCACACAGUGUUAUAAUACAGUAUAGAAUGGUAAGAAAACUCACUUUGCUCACAGGCUAUUGCAUUCUUCACUUGUGUAUAGUGUAACCCUUUUAUUGUGUUAAGAAGUGAAAUGAGCCAGAAAAGACCAAAGAACGAUUAUAAGAGGAUGGUUAUGAAUGUCAUCCAAUGGAGUACAUGAAGAAUGUGUUGUUAAGUGUUUAUGGUGCAGUGGUGUGCUUGUGCCAUAUUAAUGUGUAACUGUGUGUGCGUGUAUGUGUGUGUGCGUGCGUGUGCGUGCAUAAGAGCGAUCACUCUCCCAAAUGUCUACAUGAAGGCGUGUGUGUACGAAUGUGAUAGUGUGUGAGCCUGUAGGCAGCCUGCCAGUUGUUUGUUCUUGAAGAUGUGCAUAUGGAGAAACAGAGACUAGCAGCAGGGCCCCUCUGCUACUGCUCUGAUGAAAGGCAGCAUUGAUAGAAUGACCCGGAACACAACCGCCGUUUCUCAUAAUUACAGCUGUUCAAUCGCUUUUAAUUACUCUUAAAGUGUGUAGAGCACCACAUUCCCCUGUAAUGCUGCAGGCCAUCUAGAGAGUGAGAGAAAGAUCCGGCACUUCUGACAAAAUCCACAUUCAAAAAAGCUAAAAAGGGUGGAAAAGGGGGCCGACGUCAAAGCAGUGUAGCAGCCCUCCUCGUUUGAUUUCUUUCUCUAUCUAGUUCAUGAUGAAGUAGAGAUGCUGUUUACUAUUAAAAAUGCAGAAUGCACUCCUUUUUUUACUUCUGAAGUUUUUUCCAAGAUGUUAAUGGUUGCCAAACGCUGUUCUUCUUGCUUCUUCUUUUGCUGCGCCUUUGUUGUUUGUUGUUGUCAGAGAGAUUUGUUUGUAGAUUGGCAGUAGCUUUGACUUGUUUGAAUCACUCUGUGCUCCCUGCGCCACAGCUUGUCUGUCUGAAGCAAUAGGAAUGGCAGUAAAUAAAAAAAAACAGUGUUUUAUCCAA